AUGGAUCCUUCAUCGCCAUACUACAUCCCCUUCACCAAUCUCGACAUCUGGUGUACCUGGAAAGGCACCAACCAAGCAGACGUGGAAGUCCUCAUCUCCGUCGAUGUCUAUUGCACGCCCAACACCGAGUUCCUCGUGCUAGAUACGCGCACACCCUCGACUUCUUUCGUGAAGGAUUUCUCUCUUUCGAAGAAGGGGGAUGAUAAUGAGAAUGAAACUGCGCCUGGACCUGAGGUGGUGCUUCGAGAUGUGAACGAUGUUGAACUUGGUGCUGGGCUGGAUGACGUCCCCGCUGUGCAUGUUUCUUCUCUCGAUGUGAGGCCCGUCACGCCGAACCCAGAAUCCAUCACCGAGUCUGAGCAAGACUUGCCAGAUCUGGCUCCUCUGGGCACACUACUCCUCGAUCCACGUACCGGCUCACCACCCUCACCCUCAUCCUCACUCCCCGACGCGGAGAGUCCCUCUGCCGUCUCGAAUUCGGAGAGUAUUAUCGUGCAGAAUGAGUUGCAUCGGGACGGGUUUUUGGGCGAUGAUAUACUUCCUGAUCCGUUUCUGGAGGAAUUGGAGCUGGAUAGUUCGCCUUUUCAGGAUAAGAUUCAGGACCGCGAGCAGGAUCUGGAUCUGAAUGCGCAGGAUUCGGAUCAGCUUAGUUCUACUCUCGGGAGCCCGGAUCGAAAGACCGGCGGAUCACCUCGAGUUCUCGGAACAUUUCUUCCACGCAAAAGAUCUGCGAAGGCUGCUUCAUUGCCUGAUUCAGUAACAGACUCGGAGAGAGGGUACAAUAGGGGAAAAAAGGUCGUCGCAGCGCCUAGCCUUCCAUCGACACCUUCCCCGAUCAAGCACUCUCACUCUACCGGUUCCAACUCGAAUUCGAACUCAGAUCCCCACCCGCGCAGCUUGAUUCCUCGUCCUCGUUCCCGUCUCAGUCGUGGCCAGUCUCGUUCUGAGUCGAGCAAGGGCUCGCUGCACUUCUCGCUGCCCUUCUCGCAACCCCUCUCACCAUCCCCUCGGAAGUCUGCGCCUAUUCUCGAGGCCGACUUCCGCCGAUUCGAGAAUGAUAUCUCGCCGCUGUUCAAAGAGAGCAAAACCAACACAAAGGGAAAGGAAAAGGACGUGGGUCUGGAUCGUCGGGUAUUGAAGCAUAACGAUGGAAGUUCCAUUAUACGCUUGUCCACGCGAUUCCCUGUCACACCUUCCAAAUCCAGUCAUCAGGCUCUCGACGAAGUUUCUCGGACCCAGUCUGAUCUGGAGAAGCUUUCCACCGUUGCAACUAUUGGGAGUCCGUGUGACUUCACCGGUCUGCCGGGAGAUUCGGACGAUACAGACAAUGCGGACAAUGCUUCUUUCAGUGUUAGCCCUGGCCAGUCCGGUGCUGCUGUUCUCGUGCAACCAUUGCCCAUUUGGAUCACGGAUAACAAUUCCGCGGAUGAGGGCGAAAAGGAACCAGAACCACGCCUUACAUUCACGGCGGGGAGGUUUCACAUAGUCACACCUUCUGGUAUGGAACCCGCGGUGUAUCAAGUCAAAAUCACCCUUUCGGUGCCGCUACAGGACGGUCGACCUGGUUGGCGCGAACUCGUUGUUCCUGGCUUGCCGCGAUUGCCGACGGACGAACAUGGCUACGUGUACUUUGUCAUUCCGCAGAAUACCGGCUUGGAAUUCCGCACAAGUCAUUUGAAACGAUACAAGAUCGUUGAAGGUUGUCUUAUGGGCCAGAUGCUCAUAUCAUCUCGGCUAAUCCUACCCCUCCGACCCUGCCAUUCGAAUUUCUUCGGUUAUAUCAAGGAUUUCAACGUCGGUCAAGAAAUAGACGAGGAUAUUUUGUCAGACAACGAAUCAUUUCGUCUCGUCAGAUAUCACGCCACCUGUUCGAUCAAUCUCAUCCAAACCGAUUUCUGGGCCGAAAGAUGUGGCCUCUGGCUAUAUAUCUAUGGUGGCCCUCAGGGGGAGUUUUGCUGCUCCCUGCAGAAACCCGGCUAUCAAGAUAUUCAUCUCCAGCACCCGGGAAAUGGCAAUGCAAUCGGUGUUUCUCGGGUGGAGAUUUUGGCUAGUCGAUCGAAUCUCGACAAGUUUGCCAUCACGUGGGAAGUGAAAAUCGCCAAAGGAUCGCGAAUCAGAAUGCCUCGUAUCAGAUCGAACAAGUAUAACGAAGCUGGCAUUGAGGAGGAACUCCGUGAGGACGUUAUUCAGAUACAAGAUCUCGAAUCCAUCAAAGUCGAAGCAAUGUACAAGGGCUCCGGAGUUGAAUUUCUCCUCACUGGCCCAAAGGAAGAAGUAGAAGUCCUUUCUAUCCCUUCUACCACUCUGCAGAGUAUCAAAUCACGAAUCCGCUGGUCAAAGUGGUUGAGUUAUAUCAAUUACGCCUUUGACCCAUUCCGCAUCUGGUAUUCCAUAAUGAUUUUCCGCGAAUACUGGACGCGCUAUCAAAUGGGGGUUCCAUAUCCCUUUUUCAGAAGACAGUUCCCUGAGGUUUGGUGUGCGGGUGGAGAUCCGGAUCGUCAUUGGCACCUUUUUACUCCCGUUCAUCCUGAGGUUAAACGCAUUGCUGAGGCUGUGGCUAGAGCAGGUGUUAAGGAUGAUGAGUAUCAAAUCUCCUGUGCGCUGGAUGGAGAUCCGCCUGUUCUGCAUGAUUGUUCUAUUGUUAUUUUACCUGGUGUUGAUGAUCAACCAGAGGGGGUGGGUCACAUCUUGGUUGACGUGGAGGAGUCUGUUUCUGAGACGGUGAAUGAGAAUGAGAAUGUCUCGGAUAUCGAGCCUGUGCCUGAGCCUGUGCCUGAGCCUGUGCCUAUGCGUCUCCGGGAUAGAAUUGAUUACUUCCUAGGAUGGAAGGGACCGGUCGUGCGCGGGGUCUUUAGUUGCUUGUGA